GCCCCGCGCGGGGAAGGACCGGAACUCCGGGCGGGCGGCUUGUUGUUAACAUGGCGGCGGGAGCUACCGGCACGUCUCCAAGAGACGGCGGGGCCCACACCCGGAAGACGGGUCUCUUUUCGGCCUAGCGCGGCGGCCGCUGUGGACCCGGAAGUCCGGGCCGGUUGCUGAAUGAGGGGAGCCGGGCCCUCUCCGCGCCAGUCCCCCCGCGCCCUCCGCCCCGACCCGGGCCCCGCCAUGUCCUUCUUCCGGCGGAAAGUGAAAGGCAAAGAACAAGAGAAGACCUCAGAUGUCAAGUCAGGUAAAGCUUCAAUAUCCGUACAUUCCCCACAAAAAAGCACUAAAAAUCAUGCCUUGCUGGAGGCUGCAGGACCAAGUCACGUUGCAAUCAAUGCCAUUUCUGCCAACAUGGACUCCUUUUCAAGUAGUAGGACGGCAACACUUAAGAAGCAGCCCAGCCACAUGGAGGCCGCUCAUUUUGGUGACCUGGGCAGAUCUUGUCUGGACUACCAGACUCAAGAGACCAAAUCAAGUCUUUCAAAGACCCUUGAACAAGUCUUGCAUGACACUGUUGUCCUCCCUUAUUUCAUUCAAUUCAUGGAACUUCGGAGAAUGGAGCAUUUGGUUAAGUUUUGGUUAGAGGCUGAAAGUUUUCACUCUACAACUUGGUCCCGAAUAAGAGCACACAGUCUGAACACGGUGAAGCAGAGCUCACUGGCUGAACCUGUCUCUCCUUCUAAAAAGCACGAAACUACAGCAGCUUUUGUAACCGACUCUCUUGACAAGAGAGUGGAGGAUUCUAGCUCAGCCCAGUUGGAAGGAAUUGACCUGAAUAAUAGAACUAGCAACACUCAGAAUCACUUGCUGCUUUCCCAGGAAUGUGACAGUGCCCAUUCUCUCCACCUGGAAAUGGCCAGAACAGGAGCUCAUCGAGGUUCCGUGGAAACCCAGGAAUCCUCCAGACUUAUAGUAGCCAGUAGAAAUAGUCCCUCUUCUCCACUAAAGGAAUUAUCAGGAAAAUUAAUGAAAAGUAUAGAACAAGAUGCAGUAAAUACUUUUACCAAAUAUAUAUCUCCAGAUGCUGCUAAACCAAUACCAAUUACAGAAGCAAUGAGAAAUGACAUCGUAGCAAAGAUUUGUGGAGAAGAUGGGCAGGUGGAUCCCAACUGUUUUGUCUCAGCACAGUCCAUAGUCUUCAGUGCAAUGGAGCACGAGCACUUUAGUGAGUUUCUGCGAAGUCACCAUUUCUGUAAAUACCAGAUUGAAGUGCUGACCAGUGGAACUGUUUACCUGGCUGACAUUCUCUUCUGUGAGUCAGCCCUCUUUUAUUUCUCUGAGUACAUGGAGAAAGAGGACGCAGUGAAUAUCCUACAGUUCUGGUUGGCAGCAGACAACUUCCAGUCUCAGCUUGCUGCCAAAAAGGGCCAGUAUGAUGGGCAGGAGGCACAGAACGACGCCAUGAUUUUAUAUGACAAGUACUUCUCCCUCCAGGCCACACAUCCUCUUGGAUUCGAUGAUGUUGUACGACUGGAAAUUGAAUCCAACAUCUGCAGGGAAGGUGGGCCACUCCCUAACUGUUUCACCACUCCGUUACGUCAGGCCUGGACAACCAUGGAGAAGGUAUUUUUGCCUGGCUUUUUGUCCAGCAACCUUUAUUAUAAAUAUUUGAAUGAUCUCAUCCAUUCGGUUCGUGGAGACGAGUUCCUGGGAGGAGGUGUCUUGCUGACGGCUCUGGGCUCUGCCGGCCCCACUGAGGACUCCCACCCCGGGUCGGCCGACAGCUCUGCUGUGCAGUCUAGUGUGAAAAAAGCCAGUGUUAAAAUUCUGAAAAAUUUUGAUGAAGCGAUAAUUGUGGAUGCUGCAAGUCUGGAUCCAGAAUCUUUGUAUCAACGGACGUAUGCAGGGAAGAUGACAUUUGGAAGAGUUAGUGACUUGGGGCAGUUCAUCCGAGAAUCUGAGCCUGAACCUGAUGUAAAGAAAUCGAAAGGAUCCAUGUUCUCUCAAGCUAUGAAGAAAUGGGUGCAAGGAAAUACUGAUGAGGCCCAGGAAGAGCUAGCUUGGAAGAUUGCUAAAAUGAUAGUCAGUGAUGUUAUGCAGCAGGCACAGUGUGAUCAGCCGUUAGAGAAGUCCACAAAGCUAUGACUCAAGACCUGAGAUAAAGGAAAUCUGCUUUUGGAAAAUAGGAGAACUUUUUUCCUUUGGUUGGAUUCUUCCCCACAGCCAGUGAAAACAGAGCACUGUAUUUCUUCUCACUGUUGUUCCCAAGAAAGAAUGGCAGACAAUCCUAGACUUCCACCGUCGGCAGAGUGUCGCGUAGACACAUCUGCACAUGUUGAUCACACAGUGAAGGUUGUAGAGACAGAGUGGUGUUGUUUACAUUACUAGAGAAUUACUAGUUUUCCAAUGGCAAUAACCCAUGUGUGGAAGAGUGUUACUCCACUGGGAUAGGCAGGGGCCACACGCCAUGGGAGACGCAGAGGCGUAGAGCCGGUAUUUGAUGCACCUCCCUUGGCGGUGACCCACCCCAACAGCAUCAGACAGCGGGUACCAGAGGGGCCUCGCUUGGUCUCCUGAACAGGCAGGUGAGUCGGCCCCUCAGGAGCCAGGCAGUGCGGCGCCAGCAGGUGGCUUUUCUUCCGGGGAGCGGGGUCUGCACAGAGGCGUCAGUUUGGGAGGAAGCUCACGGGCCGUGAGUCAAGUCUUGGUGACGUUGUCCUCCCCUUUGGUGACAGUGUAUGGUUUUCACGUUUUAAUUGCUCCUGAGACGCAGUACUCUUAAAACCAGCUCCCUCGCUGCCGGAAGGGCGAGCCUCUGCACUGCAAGUGGUAGGACUUGCUCCUCCGAGAUUCUGGGCUCCGGUGACGUCACCUCCCCUCAGAGUACUUGUGGAAAGGGAUGUGCAACAGCCAUCACUCCAGUUUUCCCCUGUGGUUCCUUGAACAAAAUGUUUAUUCCCAGAUUGUAGAGUUUUUAAAGAAGGUGGGCGGGCAGGUGUUGAGACAGAGAGGCACUCAGUUCUGACUCUCUCCUCUUCUUUGCUCUGCGCUGGGAGAUGUGCAGGUUGUGGCCUUUUUCUUCUGUCUGUGGGGUAACGAGAGGCCCCUCCCUGCACUUCCACUUGGUCAGCUUCAGGGUCUGGACCUCGCUGCCAUGGGCGGGGCCGCCCUGUCGGCCAGCACACUCCAUGCAGGCGGUGCCAGUGCUGCCUCACCACACGGACUGUUGGAGGGAAAGAACGUUCUCUUAGGUGUUACUGCUUUUGCUCAGACUUUGCAAAAAAUACAUAUAUACACAUAUGAAUAUAUAAUUAUCACCUCUGUCCUUGAGAAAGUCUUGAAUGAACAGAGAAUUUAUUCCACUGCAAUAUUUGGUUGUAUAGACAUGCACUGUUUCAUCAACAGAAGAAGCAGAAAGGCUGUGUAUGAGUUUUUGGUACUAUGUACCACCUCUGUUAUUCUUCUAAAGUGAAGUAUUCAUGUACUUAAACCAUAUUCUAUUUAAUUGUGUUUGAUUUUAAAAUAUAUAUAUAUGAAUUAUAUUUAAAAUUGUGUCAACUUUCUGCUUUCAGGGCAUUUAUGGCUCCUCUGUUGGGAUGUGUUGAUUCUUCCCAAUAUUUCCAUUUGCUUUACAAGAACCCAGAACAUGAGCCACUCCUGGACUCAGCCUUGUGUUUGGAGCGUAUGGCAUAGACCUGAGGUGUUAUUAGAUGCAUAUGCUGUGAUUGACUCACUUUGUUCUUUUAACAGAAUAUUUCCAUCCACUUCACUUUGCUUCAACCUUUAAAUAACAGAAAAGCAAUAUAAAGGUCAUAGAAUAAACUGUGGUUUUGGGUGACUCUUGCUGCCUCUGCAUGGUUUGAAAUAACAUUUUCCUUAAGACUCUAGGCUAUUUAAACUAGUGCUUUCAGUUAAGAUACUGUCCAGUCAUGUCUUUGUGUGCGUUGUGUGCUUCGGAGCUAGAGAUGUCGGUAGUUGUAAGGUUCUUAAAAGGAAAAGAAUAGCAAGUUUGAGACUGGGUUACUUUUUCUGCCCCGCCCACUGUAGGACACAGAAGCAAAGUGUGGCCUGAAACUGGUAGCCAGACGAGACAUAUGCUCUCACGGAGCUCCUUGCGCUUAUUUUCAGAUUAGGAUUGGAAUCAUCUGACCUCGAGUGCCAGGCUCUGUGUGGUGUGCCCACAAAAUAGGAUUCCCUGGCAGGGUUUUUCUAGGUGCAGUGAAUCAACUGAACAUCCAGGUUUAUCACGAUGUUGACAUCAGUGCAUAUUGUUAAAAAAAAAAAAAGUCAGUGAAAAGGGGGGUACCUUUUGUAACUGGGCGUGUCUUCAUCACUCAUGUAAGAUGUGAUGAAAAUUAAAAAAACAAGUACCAACCUAGCCCAGUGAAGGGCAGUAAAACAGGGAGCAACUUUUUGUAACCUUUUCUGCUUGGGUUUCAGCUUCAGUACAAGUUUGUAAAAUGCCGGUCAUUUACGUUUCUGAAGCUUUGGCUAGUUCAGUAAGCAUUUGGAGGGGAAGGUCGCUCUGAAUAGAAAAGUACAGACGUCUUUGUUUUAAGUACUGAUAGCUAAGCACUGCUGAAGCGGUGGGCGCCUCUCUCAUUACCCUGCUGUGGGGCCUUUUGUACACAAGGACCUCGUCCCUCCCCUCCCCCGCACACCAGUUGAUCAGACCAGGGUUGAUCUUCUCCCGAUCCAAACAGACCCAGGAACAUUCUUUAUCCAAAGAAUUUUGCAAAGGGCAGGAGACAUCCCAGUCCCUGUCUGGGGUGAUAGCACGUAUGGGGCACUUGCAAGUCAGGACCCCUGAGCUGGUGCCACGUGGACGAGCAGAGAUCUGUACAAGCAGAAAUGACAGACACGAGAGCAAGUGGGUGAGAGCAGCUGCCUUGUAGCCUGGAGGUGGUGAAGGUUUCUGGCUCUAGUCCUGCAUCCUUGCCGUGGACUCCAUCAAUUCCUCGGGUAUCCUUAGGAUGCACUUUGGCUUUUUAAAAGUCAGUCUCAAGGGAGUUUUUCCUUUGCACAACCAAAAGGACCUUGACUAUAGUACUACCAGAUUGAUGUAAUCACUAAUGAUCGCAUGUGCUCAGCAUGUUUGCAAAAUACUGGUGAAUUCUGGAGAAUUUUUCUUCAGUAAACCUUCCUUGGUCAUUUUGUAUAUUCUCUCAAAAUGGAAUCCUAAACUCACGGAACUAAAAGACACUCCCUCAUUUUUCCAGGGGGGAGUUACUCAGACCUGGGAAAAGGGCAGGUCUUUGGCCUUUUGUCGGAUGGUCACCUUCUGGACCAGGGCCUUUGCACGCUUCCCAACUUCCUUCUGAAGGAUAAACACCAUUCCCACUUUCAGCACCUACAAUAAUACCCAGAAAUAGAAGGGCAUUUCUGUUAAUGAGUGAUAAAAACUUCAAAUGAGGGAGGGCAAUGAUUAUCACAAACUUUGUAAGUGCUGACCAUUUCUACGUACUAGGCAAGGUGUCUGGCCUUUGGCUGGGGCCGGAAGUAGGAGUAAGUUCCAGCAGGACGUUCAAGGUUACAGCUUCAAAGACCCACCAGGACAGCUGCUGUGUGGGGCCCUCUGCAGAUGAGCCCUGGGACGCCACGGAGGCCUCUGCUUGGGCUCAAGAGUAGGAAGUGGGGUCCUACGCGGACUCGGGGGGUGGGUGGAAAGGGCCAGCAAAAGCCUGGAGGGCGUUCGUGACCACGGAGGAAAGCCCGUCUGCUGCCUGUCAGUCGGAGUUGGAGCUCUUCCCGCUUCGUGGUUCAUGCCAACGGGUGUUUCCUCGUCUGGUCCCUCCACGCUGCCUGCUCUGGCUGGCGCACUGCCCGGGCACGAUGGGGCACCCACGGGGCUGCUCCUCAGCUGCCCCCGAGGGAGCACUCGUGAGCCCAGGCAGGGGUGGCUGGACCCUGUCGGCGGUGGGCGGGCAGGUGCCCGGAUAGAGUGGCUUCCAUUCAGCCAAAGACAGCUGCCAUUUGCCAAGGAGCAAGUGAGGGUUGUGACAGUGGCGUUUCCUCGGACGCCUGACUCCCCGAUCUUGAGUAGCCGCCAGGCUUAGCCCGAAAUGAUCCCAAGCCGGCCUCCACCUCCAUCCCGGUAAGAACCCCACCUGCGGGCACCUCAUGGAACGGCUCGAGCUGGGCCUCCAGACCAAGCAGAGCUCCCCGUCUUGGCAAAGGGCCCUUUGUUCUUUCUAAUGAGAGAGCUGCCGGGUUAGCAGAUGUUCACCUACAAAGUGUUGAUGGUGCAGGGACGCAGGAAGGGGUAAAAACCUCUGGGCCCCCUGGAGCUUCCAUUCUACCGAGGAGGUAGAGGUUGGAGCUUCAUCUGAAGUGGGUGCUGGUAUUUUUCACUCAAGACAGCCCUUUGUUUUUUGUUUUUAUUUUUUUAAUUUUUUUUUUGCGGUACGCGGGCCUCUCACUGCUGUGGCCUCUCCCGUUGCGGAGCACAGGCUCCGGACGCGCAGGCUCAGCACCCAUGGCUCACGGGCCCAGCCGCUCCGUGGCAUGUGGGAUCUUCCCGGACCGGGGCACGAAACUGUGUCCCCUGCAUCGGCAGGCGGACCCUCAACCACUGCGCCACCAGGGAAGCCCCAAGACAGCCAUUUGAGCCAGUGAUUUAACACCCUCCCAAAGCCCUUCCUGGCAGAGGUCACCAGGUUUAGUGACCUCUUGCCCGCGCCCUUCCACGUGCCCCCAGAGGGCCGGUGGCUGUGCGGCUCCAUUUCCUCGCCGUCACCUGGCUGACAGCGAGGGGUGGGCACCUUGACCCCGGGCCCUUCAGGCUGCUCUCUGAUUCGGGUGGGCCUAGGAGCAGCCACAGCCCCGUGGGGCUCUCUGUAGAGCUCCGGAAAAUGUGGAGCCUUAGAAGCUAGAAACAAGGGGACCAAUGUAGAGUUAUUACACGCAGGUGAUAUAAAAACCCCAAGCUUGGAAAACCCAGCUCCCUACUGAGCUGAUGCCAAGAGGUGAUCAGCCCCUCCCGAGUUCUCCUUUCACGAGAAUAACCAGCACUUGUGUACUUGCCGUGUGCCGGCCUCUCUCAGGUAACCCGUGUGACAGUCUUCUAAGUGUGUACUUUUCCCUCGUUGUAAAUGAGGAGACUGAGGCUCUGGAGGCAAAGGAAUUCUCCAGGGGAAUCAAGUCCAGGCAGCCAUUAAAAACAUUCCAUUAGCUCAAAGCAGCGGUUCUUAACACUUGCGUGUGCCUCAGGAUCCCCUGCAGAACAUGUUAAGAUGGAUUGCUGGGCCUCCACCCCUCCCCCCUGCCCACAGUUUCUGAGUUGGUAGGUCUAGGGUGGAGCCUGAGAAUGUGGAUUUUAGCAAAUUCCCAGCUGCUGCUGCUCACGAGACCACACUUUUGAGAAUCACGGCCUUAGAACCUCUCCUGUAAAUUGGGAAACACAUGUUUUCAUUCCCUUUUAUUGGACCACAGAAGUGUAAUUUGAGAUCUAUUACUCAUUCACUCAGGCACAUAAAUCCUUUAUCAGUAUUCAGGUAUUUGUCAAAGCCGAGGGGACCCAGACGCCAACCCGCUGUCUCAUUGCCUGGGCAGGUCUGAGGCCGUCCAGGCAGGUGUCUCCCCCGGGGGUGCGGCUUGGAAGAGGCCCAGACCAGCCUCAGCCCCCAGUGCAUUUGCUGGGGACAGUGCACGUAUCCUCCCUUCAGGGCUGAGUCCGGGCUGGUGGGUCACACCAGGGUCCCGGUGGAAGCUUCUGCACAAAUCCUGCCUGGUCCACUUCCUUCCAACUUGUCCCCCAGGUCCUCGAUGCCACCUGCCCCUGAGGCCCUGACCAGGCCUCUCCUGCCCCCUCUCCAUUGCUGCCUCUUUUCAGGUCCCUCCCGCAGGGCUCGGGUGCCUUGUUCCCCUUCCUCUGUCUUCUCCCUUCAGCACACGCUUCCUGGGGGCCAGCUGUGGGCGUGUCCCCAGAGCAGACACUGCCCACCCUCCUUGCUGCCUAGGAAACAAACCCUGAUGCAUUGCUGGGGUGAGUGACCUGCUGGGGGCAGCCUAGGUGGACCCGAGGUUCGUGGACUCCUGAUUGCAGUCUUGCCCUGGAACAUGCCCACUGUUUGUUCCCUCAAGACUGUACCCUCCCCUCCCCUCCCCUCCCCCAAAUGGACCAGGACUCCACAUCAGCAUCGCCCAUGACUGCCCACUGCUGGCCCAGCCCUGCCAUGUCUGCACUCCACAUCCUCCGUUACUGCCUGAGGAGGCUGUCCUCUUAUCUUCUUACCCAGCUCGGGUCCACUCACCUGCGCACAGCAUGGCCAAGCCACUGACACAGGGUGAAGGAAAGUGCAGCAUUUAUUGUAGAACCCCAAGCAAAGAACUGGCAGCUCUUGCUCUAAAGACACAGGGCUUUCAGGGAAGGGUUUUAAAGACAGGGUGAGGGAAAAGGUCAAGGGGUGUGUGAUAAGCUUGUGCACAAUUCUCUGAUUGGCUGGAGGUGUGGUAACAGGGUGGUGGCUCAAGAAUCCCAGUCAUCAGCCUUCUGGUUCCAACCUGUCUGGGGUCUGCGUGCUGGUGGUCAGCAGGCAGCUAACUUCUUCCACCUGGUGGGGGUUUCAGUAUCUGCAAAACGGCUCAAGGAUAUGGCUCAGGAUGUUAUCUAUAGCCCUUGAGGAACUAAAGGUCUUUUGGCUUUGUUCUAUGGCUAAACUAUUCUUAUUUUGUUCUGUUUGACUGUUUCCCUUUGGUUUUGCAUUUUCUCACUUCUCUGAUUAAAUCUGCUCUUUGGACCUCGGGGAAGGCCUAGGAGGCUAAAGCUUUUCAUCAGACAAGAGGUGGGGGACACGGGGUGGGUGGGUCGUCCCGGGAAGCCCCUGCGGGGUCCUGCCCCGGCCCACUCUGGCUCUUUCUUCGGAGCUUUCAUCCCUUUCUCACCCCUACCCCAGCAAACUGCACUGUCCAUGAUGGCGACCCCGCCUGGGGCUCUCCAGUCACACCCAUGGCCAGACUGUCAUCUCCUGCAACUGCUCUACCUCUGGUUUCCCCUCACAUUUCAGCCCCUGGCAACCUCCAGCCAUGCAAGUUUUGCAGGGUUACAGAUGCCUCCUAUUGGAAUGGGUUGAAAGAGGAGUGAGAAGAAGCUUGCGAGUGAUCCCAGGGGUUUUCCCCUCACUGUUACUAGAGUUGGGCUUUGUAAACCAGCGUCAGAGAGCAAGUUCAAAAGCAAUAAGUGAGUAGUUUUGUUAUAAGGAUGACAAGCGGGGGCUGGGGAGGUCCGUGCUGAUGUGGGACUUGGGUUAGUCUUCCCAGUACCAGUGUGGGACACGUGUCUCAUGCGUCGUAAACAACUUAGAUACAAGCAGAAACACUUGGAGAAACCGUAGCUCUAUCGUGAUGAAGACUUUGGUGUCCCAGAUGCACAUAUAGUGUGAAUAACAUUGUUACUUGAAAUGUGAGAUGGGGAAAAAAAGCAAUAUUUUGUACUGAUGUAUUCUUGUAUAUAAUGUUAUUUUAAAUAUGCAUGUGUAACUAAAUAAAUUAGAUAUUAUAACUAGA